AUGGCCACCGCCCGUUCUGAGUCGCAUGUUUCUACCGGUGUCGGACCGCAAGCCUCGUUUGUUUCCACAUCGCCUGAGGCCCGCCUGCCAGUCGAGCUUUGGCAGUUGAUCAUCGCGCACCUGGACGACCAUUGUUUCGUCUGGUUCGUUCUGCGACGCACUUCACACUUCUUCAGGCUCGUCACCGAGGACUUGUUCGCGCGCUACAUCUUCCGCACUUGCAUCGUUCGCUUCGCUGGCGAGCAUGCAAAGAAGCUUCUGUUUCUUCCCACGUAA